AUGGAAAUAACUUUCAGAUUGGACGGUUAUAUGAAUGUGGAGUACGUGCAGAGCUGUCCGGAAGGGCUCACUUUCGAUCGUCUCAUGUCUCGAUGUGAGCGUCGUUCCAACAAAAAGUGUGCUUGCAUGAUGCGACUACUAUCAGUGCUCGAACGGGAUCAAAGGAAAAAAGAGAAAAUGCCCAUACAAUCAAGUCCGUGGAUUUGGAGAAGAAUUAUUGUUUAA